AUGCAUUUGACAUAUCCCGACCUCGUGCGACGGCUCUACGACCUUGAACGUCUUGCUGAAUCCCCAUUGCCCGGAGAGCGCGGCGGGUGUAUGUCGAGCUAUGACCGGGCCUCACGCUAUGACCCAAAGGAAGACAAGUACAUUGACUGGGACGCCAACGACGAUGGGAGAGGCAUCAUUCGCGAAGAAGGCGAGUGGGUAGUCGCCUUUGAGCAGCAGGGUCCAGGAGUCAUCUGGCGGACCUGGUCCGCGAUGCCGGAUGUCGGCCGUAUCCAGAUCUUCAUUGACGACGAGCACGAUGACAAGCCUGUUGUGGACAUGCCCUUCCGGGAUCUUUUCGAUCGGUUUCAAGGGAUGCCACACAACUUCCCCUCGAUAACGCCCACUCUGUCAAGAGGACGUAACUGCUUCAUUCCCAUUCCGUACAACAAGUAUGCCAAGAUCCGCCUCGGACCUGGCUGGGGAGCGUAUUAUCAUUUCACUUACACCUCAUUCCCCAAACACACUACCCUUCCGCACUUUGACGGCAACUUUGAUCGGGAGGCUUGUCUGGCGUUGGCCGCAGCUGACCGCCAACUGAGUCAACGUGGUUGGUCCGCACUGCCUCGGUCAAAGGGCGACACGAUGGAAACAUUAACUGUCACCAUCAAACCGGGUAAGAGCCAUACUGUUCGGGAGUUGACGGGCAACCGAGCAAUCACUGGCAUGCGCGUGGUGCCGUUGGACCUUGUCCAGGACUCUCAUCACGUCGCUCAGAUUCUCCGGGAGCUCGCUAUCCAGAUCACUUGGGAUCAUGACAAGUCUUCAAGUGUCUGGGCACCACUGGGUGACUUCUUUGGUAGCGUUCCGGGCAUCCAGACCUACCGCUCCUUGCCUCAGGGCUCAACAGACGGGGGUGGUUUCUACAGUCACUGGUUCAUGCCAUUCUCCGAUCGCGCUGAGAUCAAGCUGGUCAAUGAUGGCAAGAAGGAGCAGAAGCUAUUCUUCACCAUCUGCCACCGCCCACUGGAAAAGUCUGCGAAGCACAUGCUUCGGUUCCACGCCAAGUGGCACCGAGAUGCCUUUCUCGAGAAGCCGAAAACAGAAGGCCGCGAAAUCGACUGGCCUUUAUUAAUGUUAGAUAACGGCCCUGGAAGAUUCUGCGGCGUGCAGAUGCACGUGUGGAACCGCUGGAAAGAUCCCAAGGUCUCAUCAAAGGACUGGUGGUACGGCGUCGGCGGCGACAAGUCUAUCGACUGGUGGUGGGGCGAGGGAGACGAGAAGUUCUUCGUCGACGGCGAAAAGUUCCCGUCAACCUUUGGCACCGGUUCAGAAGAUUAUGUGGGCUACGCGUGGGCGGCCGAACCGCCAUUUCCGACUUUUGACAGCGCUUAUGCCUGCCAACCUUACAUUGAGCUUGAUGCUAACGGGCAUACAUCAGUCUGUCGCUUUCACGUGUGCGAUGACGUGCCUUUUCACAAAAGCUUCGAGGCCUACAUUGAGAAGUAUAAGCCCAAUGACUGGGGCUCGGGCAACAAAUGUCUAUACGCCGUGGUUGCUUACUGGUAUCAGAAGGCUGGGGGCCAUGAUGCGUACGAGAGCGUGUCAGUAAAGGAGCGCUAUCUCCAAGUAAAGGGAAACUCCGAGCGAGUCGGUGACGGAGUGGAUUACGACGCUGCUCUCUUCCAGUACAGGGCGUCAAGGGUCACCGGCGCAAACCGAACGGCGAGCAGAAACUCAAAUCCAGGGAAAUUGAAUGGCCGCUGUCGGCAUUUCAUAAGUAACAGAUUGAAGAUGAGCAAACCUUCGCUCUCGUUUCUCACGUCAUCAAAUUUUCCGCUGAUCUCGCUGCCAACAUGGAACUGUUCAGAUGACUUACAAGAUGAUAGAAGACACCUCACCGAUGAUGGGUUUCAUCAAUCCUCCGUUCCAUCCACACUAGCCCGCCAGUCUGGGAAACCGAGCGUCACUAGCAUGCCUCUGCUUGUUUGCGGCGACCAAGUAUCAGACAAGCUUUCCGGCGGGAGGGCAACCCCGCAAGAAUCGACUAAAAUCAACCCGUUGUACAUAGUUCCGAUGGUCCAGCUCAUGACAAGUGGCAAUAGGGACGGAUAUUUCGCCUGUGGGGGAGACGCAAUCACGGCUAGCAUAGACCCAUCCAAACGGCUUCUACGGAGGGCGAGCUCAAUGUCUAUCGGCAUCUAUGAUGAACUGACGAUAAGGCAUAGCCCCUCCGACAUAAAACCUACUGGCCCGGUCGGCGUAGAACAGGCAUUUGACUUUGGUGGAAUAACUUCCUUGGGAUGCAUCCUUUUGUGGGAGGAUAAUGGACGACGGCACACCAUGAUACUGACGAAACCUUUUCCUCCGUCGGCCAGAGAGGCUCGGUGGUUGUACUUGAGCUGUCUGAGUGGUAUUGUGGUGUUGGUGGUGUUCUUCAGCCAUACUCUGUGGCCACAUUUCGAUAAUCACUCUUAUGACUUAUCUGGAGAAAGGACUGGAACGCAAACAAGUCAUACAAAUCCGUAUAACCAAGAUGGCGCAAUUGACGAAGAAGAGGAUGAGAUGUAUUAUCUUGGAUCGAAAAAGAACGAAACAUCAGAAUCAUAUAGGCUACAGGAGAUGAAGUACGCCGUCAUUCUCCCAACAUUUAGUGGACACAUGCCUCUUGCGAUGGAGUUCCUGCAGUCUUAUAUGUGCCUUUGUACAGAUCAGUCAAAAAUCGAUUUCCACGUCAUCGUGUCAGAUUCAAAUGAGGUCGUAAUGUUCCAAGAUGCGAUGAAAAAGUUGAAGCCCUGUGGGCCAACCUACAGCAUUUUCCCGACGCCAGCGAUGAACAUCAACGGGCCGAAACCGAAAAUCAACAUCAUCAACAUGUUCGACAUUCUACCCCCCGUCUUUCACUCCAUGACGACGGGGAAAAUCACAGGCAAUGAUACGUCGGCGCUUCUAAAAGAACGUGGAAAAUACCAAUACCAGACAAUCAAGAAGAUGUCGGCAGCACUGGAGCUCGAUUACGACUACGCGCUCUGGCUGGACUCCGAGGCUAUCGCCGUGCAGCCGUUCAGCAUGCGCCAAACUUUUGAUGCUUACGUCAAGGACCCUACGAUUUGGAGGUCGAGAAUGACCAAUGACGAUUUCAUGCGGAGACUCAUCGGCGCCGCAGCAAACGUUCUAGAUCGAUCGAUGGACUCAUUCGGACCCGCCUUUUGGAACCUGGAGAGUGUGGAAUGGAUUUUCGAGAAGAACAUGAUCAAGGAUCUGGUUCAGUAUGUUGAAAAGGUUCAAAAACAAGACUUUUGGACUGCGUGGGUCACGCAUGGUGGACCGUUCGAGGUGAACCUUCUCAACAUGCAUAUCCAAGCACGAAAGCUGGAGACGACGGACUCCCUAUUCACCAAAUACCGGAUCAUCGAGACUGAACGAGAGAUGCAGAAAUACGGCAUGGCAAAAGCUGUGAUCGACGCCAUGACAGGAACUGGCCUCCUAGAGAGGGGCUACAAGUUGUUGGCAGUCCCAGAAAUAGUACCAAACUUUUCCUCCAUGCUACGCGAAAACGGUCAGACUCUCUUUCGACUCGACAAUCUCGACGUUGGUCCACCAGAAGCCAUCGAUCGGUUUCUGUUGAAGACGCCGAUAAACAUCAUAUGUUCGGGAGCUCCGCCGUUGCAUAGUUGGUGGGAAGAGCGGAAGAAGAGCAUUUAG